UAUCGCCGGACGCCAUGCAGAUCCUUCGGUCGCACCGCAUAGCCACCCUGGAGGAUUUCGUCAUGGCGGAUGGUCGCAUGCUGCGGAGGGACGUGGAGGGCAUGGCGCAUGGCACGGCUAGGGAUGACGCACUGCAGGCCAUAGACCAGCUACAUCAUCACAUGGUGCAUGCCAUGUGCAUGCCAGCACAUGCCAGUGGGGACCAGCUCUUGAGGGACAUCUACAGGGAGGGGCCCUAUGGUGACAACAGCGAGGGCCUAAACCAAGAGGACCCUUAUCCGCAGCAGAGACAAGCGCAGACGGGGGAAGAGGAGGAAAAAUGGCAGUGCAAGGGGGAGCAACUGCAACAGCAGUAUCAGCAGCAGGAGGGGCAAGAGCAAUGGCAAGUGGACGAUGUUGGGAGGAGGCAGUGGAAACAUGCGACCAUCAGCACUGGGUGCUCCAGCAUUGACUCCUUGCUAGGGGGAGGCCUGCCCCUGGCAGCAGUCACAGAGGUCACUGGCGCUGCUGGUGCUGGCAAGACUCAGUUCUGCCUGCAAGCAGCAGCAGUAGCUGCAAUCUCCCCGCUGCUCUCUCAAGCCACUGACAUUGCUCCACCUCAGCACGCAUCAGCCUCUCACAGCAACUUGGAGCUGACCCCGGUGUUGCGGCUAGGAGCAGGCGCCACAGCAGGCAUCAUUGCCAUGUCCGCCACAUACCCCAUGGACAUGGUCCGAGGGCGCCUCACAGUGCAGUCCGGCAGAAAAGGCGAGCAGCGCUACAAGGGCAUGCGCCACGCCGCGGUGACUAUAGUGAAGGAGGAGGGCGUUCGCGCCCUCUAUAAGGGCUGGUUGCCAUCCGUUAUUGGUGUGAUCCCCUACGUGGGUCUCAACUUCGCAGUGUACGAAACCCUAAAGGACUGGCUUGCAAGAAUGUACGCGACUCAGCAGCCCGAGCAGGCGGAGCUCUCAGUCCUCACCAAGCUGGCGUGUGGGGCGGUGGCGGGAACGCUGGGGCAGACAGUGGCGUACCCGCUGGACGUGGUGCGGCGGCGGCUGCAGAUGGUGGGGUGGAAGGACGCGGCCAGCGUGCUCAGAGCCGACGGUACGGUGGCAGCGGCACCGCAGUACACCGGGAUGAUAGACGCUUUCCGGAAGACGGUGCAGACGGAGGGAGUCAAGGCGCUCUACAAGGGGCUUGUCCCAAACUCUGUGAAGGUGGUGCCAUCCAUCGCCAUUGCCUUCGUCACGUACGAGAUCAUGAGAGACUUGCUCAAGGUGGAAAUUCGCAUCUCAGAUUGACACUGCAGUUGCAUGGGCAUCAUCGGUCAUCUCUCCUUACAUCCGCAUUGGCUGCCAUCAUGCAUUAGGGGAUGCUGUUAUGGGUGGCACGGUGUAUUGCGGCUCGGCUUGUGGUCUGUUAUGGCUGUUCUCGCACUCAUCUACGGCCAGGAGCUAGGGAAGGAAUGCAUAUUUGUACUGUAGGAUUAGGUACGAUUGCAAUCAUUUUGCAAUUAAUAGACAUCAGGUUA